AUGUGCCCUGCAGCAGCAGCAAAGACCGACAACGACUCUGCUGCUGCUGCAGCAACAGCAGCAGCAGCAACAACAGCAACAACAGCAGCAACAGCAGCAACAGGCGAUGAUGACACACAAACCUUUCCCUCUCCUCCUCCGGAAGUCAAGCAAAUGGUGAUGGAGCAGGAAACAGAAGUCGCUGAUAAACUCCGAGAGGCGGAAGAGAAGAAGGAGAAAGGAAAUGCACUUUGGAAGCAGGGCGAUGAUGAGGGUGCUGUGAAAGAGUGGCAGGGAGCCCUUAAGAUUUGCUUUUCUCUGGCCUGCCGCGGGCCCCACAUGGGUGCGGAUUUGGUUCCUUUGGAGCUGCUUAUACACCUGAAUUUAGCUGCUGCUGCACUGAAGAGACAGGAAGCACAUACCGCUAUUCAUCACUGCAGCAGAGUGCUGCAGCUGAAUAAGAGACACCCUAAGGCCCUCUAUAGACUAGCAAAGGCCCACCUCCUCAUCGGUGAAUUUGAAGAGGCAGCAGCAGCAGCAGCAGAGCUGCUGGAAGCACAACCAGGCGACCCUCUUGCGAUAUCACUGCAGCAGCAAAUAGCGAGGGAAGAAGAAAUGCACAAAAGGCAGCAGAAACAGCUGCUGAGAAAAAUGAUGGGUGCAUCACCUCGCAGCAGCAGCAGCAGCAGCAGCAGCAGCAGCAACAGCAACAGCAACAGCAGCAGCAGCGACAACAGCAACAAGGCCAGCAACAAUGUCGCCUCUGAUACCCCCACAAGGGACUCCGGCGAUGGUAAACACAGCAGCAGCAACAGCAACAGCAGCAACAGCAGCAACAGCAGCAGCAGCAGCAGCAGCAGCAGCAGCAAGAGUUUUAUGUGGGACAUACAAUGGAGACAAGAAGAUAAAGAUUUGUCUCUUUGGCUGUCUCCGCACUCUCUUGAGUUCUUCUCUGAAGAAUGCAACUUCCCGUUAACUCGAGCUCUACCUCUUACCCUCCUCUUCGCGUUGCAGCAGCUGCAGCAGCAGCAGCAGCAGCAGCAGCAGCAGCAGCAGCUGCAGCAGCAGCAGCAGCAGCAGCAAGAGAUGUUGCUGCUGCCGGAUUUGAAGAAGGAGACACUAUGCAUUCAUAUUCUGGGGGCCUCUGCCUAUCACGAAAAACUCCCCGGUGUCUUAUCAAACCCCCAGUGCACCUUCUUCCCCCACUUGGCUCUCUUCAGCACUUUGGGGGCCCUCCAUGGGGCCCCUCAGGGGGCCCCUCAGGGGGCCCCUCAGGGGGCCCCCCAGGGGGCCCCUCAGGGGGCCCUAGGAGAUGAUAUUAUGGAGGCUUUGCGUCUUCUGAUAGAUAAUAAUGUUCUAACAGUUGUAACGGAGAGCAGUGUUUGUACAGCAGAAGACGUUGCUGCGUACUCAAAAGUAGCAGAAGCAGCAGCAGCAGCAGCAGGAACAGCUGCAGCAACAGCAGCAGCAGCACCACCACCACCAGAAAGCAACGGGGCAGCAGCGCUGAAGCACCUCGGGGGCCGUCUGCUGCUGCCUCCGCAGCGAAGCCUCUACCCGCUGCUGCUGCAGCUACCUUCUCCUGAAGAGGGUGCAGCAGCUGCUAGGUUUGCUGCUAGGAAUGCUGCUGCUGCUGCUGAAGCAGCGGCAGCAGCAGCAGAGAGAGCGAAAAGCAGGGCCUCACCAGAAGCCGCUGCUGCAGCAGAAGCAGCAGCACAAAAGGCAGCAGCAGACAAGGCUGCAGCAGAUGCAGCUGCGGACCUAGCAGAAACUGCUGCUGCAGAGGCAGCAGCAGCAGCAGCAGCAGCAAACAAGCAUCAUGUAGCUUGUGCAAAGCACGGCAGCUUCUUCGUGUUUAGGGGACGUGCCGUUACUGCUGCUGCUGCAGCCAAACAGUAG